GAAGUCACACACAAAAGUGACUGAGUGAGCAAGCGUGUUCCAUUCUGCUCUCUUAUGUUCUUUGCUGACUUCCGAAUCAAGUUCCUUUGUUUCUAAGGUCACACAACUCAAUAACAACUAAACAACUCUCUCUCUCUCUCUCUCUCUCUCUCUCUCUCUAAGAGGACAAAACCUACGAACCCUCGAAUUGUCCUACAUUUUGAUCACACAUUUCUCCGCUUUCAUACAAUGCCGGAUGGAGAAUCCUCCACCGCCGGUACCCUGCCGCCGGAGAGCUCUGUUGUUGUUUCCGAUUAUGAAAGUCUUUCCCAAGUCAAAAUUCACGACGACACUGUCAAAAAAGACCCCAAAAAAAUUGCAAGAAAGUAUCAAUUGGAGUUAUGCAAAAAAGCUAUGGAAGAAAAUAUAAUUGUUUAUUUGGGAACAGGAUGUGGGAAGACACACAUUGCUGUGCUACUCAUUCAUGAAAUGGGUCAUUUGAUAAGGAAGCCUAAGAAGGACCUAUGCGUCUUUCUUGCACCUACCGUUGCUUUAGUUCAUCAGCAAGCUAAGGUAAUAGGCGAUUCUACUGAUUUUAAAGUUGGGAUUUACUGCGGGAGUUCAAAGCGCUCGAAAUGUCAUGAACAUUGGGAGCAGGAGAUUGACCAGUACGAGGUUCUUGUUAUGACCCCACAAAUAUUACUCCAUAACUUAUCUCAUUGUUUCAUCAAGAUGGAGAUGAUUGCACUUUUGAUAUUUGAUGAAUGCCAUCAUGCUCAAGUCAAAAGCAGUCAUCCUUAUGCAGAAAUCAUGAAAGUCUUCUACAAAAAUAAUUCCGAAAAAGUUCCCCGAAUAUUUGGCAUGACUGCUUCCCCUGUUGUAGGAAAAGGUGCUUCUACUGCCGCAAAUCUACCAAAAAGCAUCAAUAGUCUUGAACAAAUGCUUGAUGCUAAGGUAUACUCGGUUGAAGACAAGGCAUUGCAAUCUUUUGUGACCACUCCUGUAGUUAAUAUAUAUCAUUAUGGUUCGACUGCAAAUAUGGACACUAGCUUGUGCUCGAGUAUUGAGGAGAUUAAAUGUCAGAGCAUAGAAAACCUUAGUAGGAACAUAGAAGAUCACCAUAAACGGAUGAACACAAAGAAACUUUUGAACCGAGUGCAUGAUAAUGUGAUCUUCUGUCUGCAGAAUCUUGGUAUUUGGGGAGCAUUGCAGGCUAGUCAUAUUCUUUUGGGCGGUGAUCAUUCUGAGAGGCAUGCAUUAGUUGAGGCAGAAGGAAAUUCAAGUGACGAGUCUGCAUGUGAUAAAUAUCUUGCCAAGGCAGCUGAACUAUUUGCUUCCAAAUGCAUGGCAGGUGACGGUGUAUCUGAUCCAUCUUCAGUGGAAAUAUUAAAAGAGCCCUUUUUCUCAGCAAAAUUAUUACGCCUCAUUGGGAUACUGACCAGUUUCAGGUUGCAACAAAACAUGAAAUGCAUAAUUUUUGUGAAUAGAAUUGUGACUGCAAGAUCCUUGUCAUACAUACUACAGAGGCUCAAGCUUCUAAGACAAUGGAAGAGUGACUUUCUUGUAGGAGUACAUUCUGGAGUGAAGAGUAUGUCACGGAAGACCAUGAACAUCAUUGUUGAGAAGUUUCGUUCUGGAGAGUUGAAUUUACUGAUUGCCACCAAAGUGGGUGAAGAAGGACUUGAUAUUCAAACAUGUUGUCUUGUCAUACGGUUCGAUCUUCCAGAAACUGUUGCCAGCUUUAUACAGUCAAGAGGCCGUGCGCGUAUGCUUCGCUCGGAAUAUGCAUUUCUGGUUGACAGUAACAAUGAGAAGGAAUUAGAAAUAAUUGGUGGUUUCAAGAACGAUGAAUUCCGAAUGAACACAGAAAUUACUGUCCGAACAUCCAAUGAGACAUACAAAACCCCCGUGGAAAGAAUAUUCAAAGUUGAUUCAUCUGGUGCCUCAGUCAGUUCGGGAUAUAGUAUCUCAUUGCUUCACCAGUAUUGUUCAAAGCUUCCACACGACGAGUUCUUUGAUCCAAAGCCAAAUUUCUUUUACUUUGAUGAUUUAGGAGGAGUUGUCUGCCAAAUAACAUUGCCAUCCAAUGCUCCGAUACAUCAAAUUGUUAGUACACCACAGUUGUCUAUGGAAGCUUCCAAAAGAGAUGCUUGCCUGAAAGCAAUUGAAGAACUGUAUAAAAUAGGUGCUUUGAAUGAUUGUCUCUUGCCAAAGCAAAAUGAUGCAGAGCCAGAGAAGGUUUUGGACUCUUCUAAUUCAGAUGAAUGUGAAGAUGAUAUUUCAAGAGGAGAAUUAUAUGAGAUACGAGUUCCUUCUGCCUUUGGACAGUCAUGGAAAAAUGAGGAGAAAACUGUCCAUCUCAACUCUUACUACAUUAAAUUUUACCCUACUCCAGAGGACAGGGUCUAUAAAAAGUUUGGUUUAUUCAUCAUGACUCGUCUUCCAAUGGAGGCAGAGAAACUGGAACUUGAUCUUCAUCUUGCUCACGGUAGAUCUGUGAUGACAAAAUUUAUUCCAUUUGGAGUUUCAGAAUUCAACAAAGAUGAGAUUAAGAUGGCGGAAAACUUUCAAGAAAUGUUCCUCAAAAUUAUUCUUGAUAGACUAAAAUUUGUUUCUAAGUUUGUAGAAUUGGGUGACAAAUCUAAUUCGCCAUCCAAUUCUACCUUCUACCUUUUGCUUCCAGUCAUAUUGGAAGUAUAUGAUGAUGCAAUGAAAGUAGAUUGGAAGACAGUGAAGAGAUGCCUUUGUUCACCAAUUUUCAGGAAUCUAGAAACUACUUCAGAUAAAAAGGUUACCUCUUUGGAUAUUCAUCUGCAACUUGCCAAUGAUUACAAAAGUGUGAAAGAUGUUGAGAAUAGUUUAGUGUAUGUUCCGCAUACGAAGCUCUUCUUUUUUGUCACAAAUGUUAUCUAUGAAAAGAAUGGAUUCAGUCCUUAUAAAGAUUCAGGCACUUCAAGCUACGCAGACCACUUAAUGGAAAAGUUUUCCAUUCCUCUCAAAUACCCUGAACAACCACUUCUGCAUGCAAAACCACUCUUCAAUCUGCACAACCUGCUACACAAUCGAAACCACGAGCAUGCUGAACCAAAUGAGCUUGAGGAAUACUUAAUUUAUUUGCCUCCUGAGCUAUGCGAACUAAAGGUAGUAGGAUUUUCAAAGGAUAUUGGUAGCUCCAUAUCUUUGCUACCUUCAAUUAUGCAUCGUCUUGGAAACUUGCUGGUUGCGAUUGAACUGAAGCACCAGCUAUCUUCCUCCUUCCCUGAGGCAGCUGAAAUUAGUGCCCUUAGAGUUCUAGAGGCUCUCACCACCGAGAAGUGUCAGGAGCGCUUUUCCCUUGAGAGACUUGAAGUGCUUGGUGAUGCUUUCCUUAAAUUUGCUGUUGCACGCCAUUUUUUCCUCUUGCAUGACAGCUUUCAUGAAGGAGACCUUACUAGUAAGCGUUCCAGUGUUGUAAACAAUUCCAAUUUGUUCAAAUUGGCUAUUAGGCGCAAUUUGCAGGUUUAUAUAUGUGAUCAGGUAUUUGAUCCCCUCCAGUUCUAUGCAUUAGGCCGUCCUUGCCCUAGAGUUUGUACCGAGGAAACUGAAGACAGCAUACACUUAUGUUUAAACUCUGAUGGGAAGAAAAGAAGUGCAACUAGUACCCGAUGUAAUAAAAAUCACCAUUGGUUGCAUAGGAAAACCGUUGCUGAUGUUGUUGAAGCUCUGGUGGGGGCAUUCAUAGUCGACAGUGGCUUUAAAGCCGCAACUGUCUUUCUUACAUGGAUCGGCAUACAAGUAAAUUUUGAAGCCUCGCAAGUUGUUAAUAUUUGCACCGGAAGUGUUGGCUAUUUUCCUCUUUCUGCUGAUGUAGACAUUCCUUCCCUUGAAGAAAAGUUAGGACAUCACUUUGUUCAUAAGGGUCUGCUUCUACAGGCAUUUGUACAUCCUUCUUAUAACAAGCACGGAGGUGGCUGUUAUCAGAGAUUAGAGUUUCUUGGAGAUGCUGUCUUGGAUUAUUUGAUUACGUCAUAUCUAUACUCAGCUUAUCCCAAACUGAAGCCCGGACAACUGACGGAUCUGAGAUCGUUAUCUGUCAAUAAUAAGGCAUUUGCCUGUGUGGCAGUAGAUCGCUGUUUUGAUGAAUUUCUUUUAUGCGAUUCAACUCCUCUGACCGAGGCGAUAAUAAAGUAUGUGGACCAUAUGAGAAGAUCGGUAUCACAUUGUGGCACUAGUGGAGGGCCAAAAAGUCCCAAGGCCCUAGGUGAUUUGGUGGAAUCUUGUGUUGGUGCAGUUCUUCUUGAUUCAGGAUUUGAUUUGAAUAAAGUUUGGGAGAUUAUGACUUCGUUCUUGGACCCAAUCAUGAAAUUUUCAUCAAGUUUGCAGCUUAGUCCUAUUAGGGAUUUGCAAGAACUUUGCCAAUGUCAUAAUUUGGAGUUGCAGCUUCUGACAUCAAAACAAGCAAAAACUUUUUCAGUUGAAGCCAAAGUGAUUGGGAACGAUGUAUGUGAAAAAGCUUUUGUGACAGGGCAAAAUAAAAAAGAUGCUACUAGAAUUGCUUCACAGCUACUAUUUUCAAAUUUGAAGGCUCAAGGGUUGAAGCCAAAGACAAAAACUUUGGAAGAAGUUCUGAAAUCAACAUUUAAGAAAAAACCAAAACUCAUUGGCUAUGAUGAAACUCCCAUUGAUGUGACGGAUGCUACUACCAUCGGACAGUUAAUGGCUAACGGUGACCUAUGCAACAAGUCUAACCCAGAAAUCCGCCCUAUCCAGGAGGUAGCCGAUGAAAGCGCCUCAUGUGUGAAACCUGUCGGCCAACAGCUUCAAUCUUUUCCCAAGGAAAAGCUCCAAGAAACCUCUCGAAAGCGUGAUUGUGCUAGUGACUCGUCAAAAACAGGAACAGCAAGAUCGCGAUUGUAUGAAUUAUGUGCUGCUUAUUGCUGGAAACCUCCUAAAUUUGAAUGCUGCAAGGAAGAGGGACCAGACCAUCUUAAGUUAUUCACAUUCAAGGCAACAAUGGAGAUAGAAGAGGCUCAAGAUAUGAUUUUGGAGGUUUACGGGGAAUCUCUACCGAAGAAGAAAGAUGCGGCAGAUAGUGCGGCAGAGGGUGCAUUUUGGUACCUGCAAAAGGAAGGUUACCUGCAUAGUGCAUAAUGCUAAUGGAAAUUGUCAAGCUCCUUAAUAACUAUAACUUAAAUCAUGUGACAUAACUGCGAGACAAUUUGGUGUAGAAAAAUCUUUUUUGAUGGUAUAGUUAUAAAAAAAACCAUAUAUACUACAGGUUGAGUAAAACCCGGAGGGUCCCCAAAUGGAAAUGUGAUUGCUGUAUAAUAAUAUUUUUGUUGUUGUUGUGUCUAGGUUACAUUUAUCACUGUAACUAUAAGAUCCCUUACAUUUUUUUUCUUCUAA